ACAAUAUCAAGAUGUCCGACGGUACAUUCUUGUUAUGUUUGACUGGUCAAAUAGAAUGGGUAGAUAUUUUAGCAUCCAGUGGCAGUUCGUGGCAUUGCAAAUACGAAUUCUCAUCUGGACCCGACUGGCGAAUUUUAGGCGGCCUGGAAGCCGGUCUAUCCCAAAUAGUAAACAUAAUAAACAAUGGUGACAAAGUUGUUUUGAAUCUACCUAUCGAAAUCCAGUAUAAAUCAACGAAUCCAUACGGUUGGCCUCAGCUGGUGCUCAGUGUUUAUAAGGAAAUGCAACUUGCUGGAUACGGUCGCUGCCAUGUUCCUUUAAAACCGGGAAAUCAUACAGUGGAAGUGAGUUUAAGCAAACCCCAAGCUUCCUCCAUAUUGGGAUACGUGGCGUCGUUUUUUGGAUACCAACCCGAAUUACUGCAACCGAAAAUGUUGGCCACUACCGCAGGAAACAAUUUAAUUUUAAUGGAAUCAUCCGGUACGGCGCAAAUAUCUUUCAACAUCGUUUCUCAGGGCUUUCAAAGUUUGGGAUACGAUAUCGGGGUCGUAAAGGAUUGACACAUAGUUAAAUAAGUUUAUUUUUGUAUAAUUUUAAUAAAAACAUUUUUUUUAAUACAUAA